GCUACCCCUACCUACACACCUACAUGCCGGUCGCUAAUGCGAUGUUUCGUAGCCCGCUAUGGAACCACCUCGGUGGUAGUGCCGCUGGCAAGCUACAACGGGUCCCGAGCAACGCUCAACCCAUCUUUGCUGCUACGAAGCGUUUCAUCCCAUGCAACAAGCGUUUUAAUGCAACUGUAGCAUCUUCGCAGCCUCAGCGUGUCGACCAAGAUGGUCCAUUCGAUCGACGAGGAGGCUCUCCACGAGCAUGGCAAUCCACUGCCAAGCCUGAUCAUUUCCUGAGUUCUGAUGCGCUUAGGGUCAGUAAUGGUGUGUCAGGCGGUUCGUCCGCUGCUGAUAGUAUCAAGCAUCCACUGCCAAAGUUUGAAGACUCCGCAUUUUCCACAUCUCGAUCACUACGUUACGAAGGUGGCGAGCUCAAAAUUCAUGAUGAGAUUGAGAAUAGGUCGAUUCGAAUACCAGGACAGUGGCUGAGGGAUAAUUGUGCUUGUUCACAAUGUCGCAACACAGAUACCGCGCAAAGGCAGAUUAACGUGCUGAAGGGCGAUAUCAACACGACAAUCUCCAAUGUCCAUCUGCAAGACUCUCAAAACGGACAAGUCACGGUGACUUUCUCAGAUGGUCAUCAGAGUGCGUACAGUGCUCAAGCUUUACUGAAUCGAAGGAGCAAGGAUGUCACUAGAGGCAGAACAGGCGUGGUUCCCAUAAAGCUGUGGACGGCAGACAUUGCAUCAGCACGCCCAGCUGUUCAAUAUACAGAUGUGAAGGACGGCACUGGCAUGAGCGAGCUCCUCCAAAAAAUUCGCACAUUCGGUUUCUGUGUCGUUGAAGAAAUGCCUGCAACUCCAGAAGCAACAGAAUCUCUCCUGAACUCGAUUGGUCCAAUUCGCAAUACACAUUAUGGCGGUUUCUACGAUUUUACUUCUGACCUGACAAUGAAAGACACUGCCUACACUUCCGAAUUUUUAGAGCCCCAUACCGACAAUACCUACUUCACCGAGCCAGCCGGAAUCCAAGCAUUGCAUAUGCUCUCCCACACCCAGGGCUCCGGUGGCGAAUCAUCUCUCACAGACGGCUUCAACGCAGCAACACAACUCUUCGUCGAAGAUCGAGAAGCGUAUCUGACUCUCUCCGAAGUCGGCGUCUACGCUCACGCCUCAGGAAACGAAGGAAUUACUAUCCAGCCUUCGCAGGCUUUGCCCGUGCUAAAUCAUGACUCCGAGGAAGGAUUCUUGAACCAGGUCAGAUGGAACAACGCCGACAGAGCUGGAAUCGCAGCAGACUUCGACAUUGUGGAGAAGUGGUAUGCAGCUGCAGAGAAGUUCGAUCGACUCUUGAGUGAUAAGAGCAAUCAACACUGGUUCCAACUAAAACCGGGCCAGACGCUACUUUUCGACAACUGGAGAGUACUGCACGGCAGGAAUGAAUUCACGGGAAAGCGAAGAAUGUGUGGUGGGUAUAUCAAUCGUGACGAUUUCAUCUCGAAAUACCGGGUGACAAAUAUGAGCAAAGAGCAGCUCGAGGUAUCGACUGUAUCGGGAUGAGUAUAUACAGUUUUGCACGACAGAAAUAUGUACAGAGCUGAUGAGUGCCAUACCCAUCCAUUCGAAUACAUGCGCGAGAAGGUCAUCGUAUACGAGAGUAGCGCCGAGCGCUGCCAUUGUACGCGAGGCUUGUGAACGCCACAUCCAAGCC